AUGGGAGGAAUGAAUUAUCAUCUAGAAAUUCAUUUUGGCGAUGGCGUCGUCUGGCUAGCCCGUAUUCGAAGAACGAAUGCUGCAUCUCCGCCAACGGAGCUACAAAGCUACACUAUGCAAAGUGAAGUUGCGACGCUCCAAUUUGUGAACAACAUGAAUAUACCAAUCCCAAAAAUACACCAUUUUGACUGCGAUGAGAAGAAUCCCGUCGGUGUCCCAUAUAUUCUCAUGGAGAAAUUGCCCGGUGUGAGUGUGGGUAGUUCUCUAAUCCUGGCAUGGACCCCCGGAAACAGACAAAAAGUCUUAAGCCAGCUCGCAGACAUUUACAUAAAACUUCACAAACACCCAGUUCACAAAAUGGGAUCAUUCAAUGAUCCAGGGUCCGCCAAUAUUGGUCCCUUUGCAGUGGAGUCUCUUACCGAUCGCCAGGGUUCUGAGUUGAAGACAACAGGACCAUGUACUUCAAUUCAAGAAUAUUACAAAGCGGGCAUUGAUCUUACCCUAGAUCUAAUCUUGCGACAAGAAAUAUACACGACGCGCCCGGUCGAUGCCUACUUGGUACAUCGGUAUCUUUUAGACAAUGUGACAAGGGUAUUUUCAUACAACGACCUUGACGACGGGAAAUUUUAUCUCAGACACGCAGAUGACAAGGGAGAUCAUAUUCUUGUUGAUGACGAUUUCAACAUCACUGGCAUGAUUGAUUGGGAAUGGGCAUAUACGGCGCCAAAAUCAGUGGCGUUUAAUUCACCCAUCGCUCUCCUGCCCGUCAGCGAAUUUUAUGACGGCACCAAUAGGAUUGGGGAAGAUGAAGUCGCGUUUGCAGAACUUUUAGAAGAGAAGGGGCAUCCUGAUCUUGGAGAAAUCACGAGGACUGGACGUUUACUGCACAGAUUUGACUUCUGCUGCGGAUACGAUAUCUCAGAUUGGGAUGGAUUCUUGGGUCUUUUCUUUGGUCUUGUCAAUGGACUGGGUGAUCAAUUUACAAAAAAGCUAGGCGACGACAAGCUUAUCAAUUGGGAAAUUUGGAAAGCCGACGCAAUGAACCGGUAUUGGAACGACAAGCGACUUCAGAGACUCAUUGAGGACACAAAUUUCUUCUAA